CCGUAUUUGAAUAUUUCUUUUGACUUUGCAAAUAAAUAUAAUAUUGCGCCAAAUUGUUUAAAGAGUUUCAAUUAAGAUUUGCAUAAUUAAUUAAUAACUGAUUAACUGAAAAUGCCUUUUAGAUUUCAAAAAGAUAUUUUACUCAGAGAGUUCGAAACAACGGUACUUUCUUGUGAAAAAGCCACAAGGGAUUUAACACCAUCUGAUGAUGAAUAUGAUGAAGAUGAUGAUGAAGAUGCCGAGAUAGUAGAUGGUUACGAUGUAGUCUGUGAGGAUACUAUACUCUAUCCUGCAGCCAGUGGACAACCAUGUGAUUUGGGCACAAUGAAUGGCGAACCUGUUAGAUAUGUUACAAGGACAGAAGACGGCUUGCUGCCACUACAUUUUGUUGAAACGUCGCAACCCUUUGAAGAAGGAUCCAGAGUAAAACUCGUUUUAGAUUGGGAUCGUCGAUUUGAUAGUAUGCAGCAACAUACUGGGCAACACUUUCUCACUGCCUUAUUUGAAAUAGAUUUUCAUUAUGUAACUAAGGCUUGGUUGAUGACCAGUGAAACAUCGUAUAUAGUGAUGCCAGGGGCGCAGUUAAUAAAUCGAGCAAAAUUGGAUAUUAUUGAGCGCAUGGCAAAUCAAAUAAUACGUGAAGGCCGAAAAGUGAGUGUCGAGACAAUAAAUGCUACGGAACUUCACAAUUUUCAAGAAAAUAUUGCUCCAAGUGGACAAACCAUAGAUGAAAAUGCUUUAACACGUUUAGUGCGUAUUGAAGGCAUUCCAUCCGUUGUUUGUUGUGGAACGCAUGUUACUAAUCUCUCACAAUUGCAAUGCGUUAAACUACUUUCUGUGGAAGGAUUUAGGGGGUCUUGGGUCAUAAACUAUGUAAUAGGAAGGCGUGUUGUACGUAAAUUGGCAGAAAGUGUUGAACGAGAACGAUUACUGAAGUUGUCACUUGGAGGUGAACCGGAACAACAUUUAAAGUUACUUGAGCAACUACAACGAAAGUUUAAAAUUGCUAGAAAGGCUUUAGAAAAAGCUCUACGAGAUUUCGCCUUAGUAGAAGCUAAAAAAGUAGAAAAUCUACAGCCACGUCCACAAUUUUAUUGCUUACAUCGUUCAUAUGGUAUUGAGCCAGUUUUUAUUAAUGAAUUUUUGGACGAAGCACCUGAAGAUAUAUUAUAUUUUGUUACUGUUUCUCAAAACGUGGAAAGUGGUGGUAAAGGUUUCAUGGUUCUACGGGGUGAAACUGAACUAAUGGAAAGAUUUGGAACUACGUUUUUUGAUAUACUGACUGGAGAAGGAAAGGUAGAAGGUAAUUCUUUUCAGGGACUUUUUUAUAAUAUUGAUAGAAUUCCUGAAUGUGAUGCUUUACUAGAGCAGCAUUUUAAUAUGACAGAAUAGUUACAUAGUUACUGAAGAAUUCUAAUUUUCUAAAUUAAUAUUUUUAUUACAUCUGCUGAAUUUAUAUAAUUA